GUGGAUUUUGGAUACAUAAGGGUGUGAGUUGGUUGAAAUUAAGUAAGUUUGCUUGAAACCAGAUUUGAUUUUGAUUUCAGAGUGGAUUAUUGCUCAAAUUGAAGAUCAGAUUUUUGUUUCAUUUUCAUUUAUAUCAUCAUCAUCUACCUAAUACUCGGUCUUCAUUAUCGUGAUUUAGAGUGAGAAGGGAAAAAAAAGAGGGUUUUUUGGGAUUAGUGUGUCUGAUAUGUGUAAACUUGGAUCAACAAGCGGGGGUAUUAAGUGCUUUUAAAUUCAAAAGGAUGAAUAUUCUCUCACGUGGUAUGCACAUGAGGGUCUUGAUGGAGCUUCAAUAACGGACGUUAAUGGAAAGGAUGGACGUUAAUAACUCUAUUCAACGGGAAGGAAAGAGUGCAGCACCGCAACAACACGUGUUAUAGAGGUUUCAAAGGUCCAAUAACACACCGACUUCCUUCCUUAAACCCCUAAAAUUUCAUCAACCAAAACAAACAAUAUUCAAACAAAAAAUAUGAGGUUUUUAAAACCCUCAAUCUCUCGCUUGUUAAAACCUAAUUCCAAAAUCAGUCACUUGUCAUCUCAAAUACCCACCAACCUUAACGACGUGGGUCCAAUGGCAACUCUUCUCAAAACCCGAACUGUUGUCCGUUUACGGGGCCCCGACACAAUCAAAUUCAUGCAAGGUUUGGUAACAAACGAUCUUCGUGGGUUUGGUGAACUGGUGGGUGAUAAGAAAUCGAGUUUGGUUACUCCCAAUGUUCCGGCUUCUUCUGCCCGCUCUUUAUAUGCGGCCAUGUUAACACCACAGGGAAGGUUUUUCUGCGAUAUGUUUUUGUAUGAACCGCCCCAAACCAAUGAGAAACUUGACCCCACUGGCUCAAGUGUUGGACCCCACCGAGAUGAGCUGACUCUUUUUGCUGAUGUGGAUUGUGAUGUGUUAGAUGACCUGUUUGCGACUUUUAAGAAAUUUAGCGUGAGGUCCAAGGUUGAUUAUGAGCAUGUAGGAGAGGAAUUCAAUUGUUGGCAGCGCUUUGGUGUAGACCACCAUAAGAAGACGCCUUCAGCUGUAGAGGAUCCCGAAGGUGCUAAUGUUGGCUGGGGUGGUGGUAUUAAUGGAAGCUCAUCUUCACAAGGAAACAACGUUGGGUGGCAAUGGCAUAAAGAUCCCCGCUUGGAUUGCCUAGGAUUCCGGGGAAUCUUUCCUUCCAACUCAACACCACCUAUGGUUGAGGCUAAUACAGAAACCGACGAAGGAAAUUAUCUUCUUUGGAGAUUAGAGAGGGGAGUUGCUGAAGGCUCAAUUGAGAUCCCAAGAGGUGAAGCAAUACCACUCGAGUACAAUCUUGUUGGUUUAAAUGCUAUAAGCUUUGAUAAAGGGUGUUAUGUUGGUCAAGAACUCGUUGCUCGCUCCCAUCAUCGUGGUGUUAUUCGCAAGCGUUUGUUUCCACUAAAGUUCCUGAAUGAAUCCGGAGCAGAAGUAGAACAAAAGGUUGCUCCUAGUUCAGAAGUAAUAGCAUUGAAAUCCGGUAAGAAAGCUGGAACAGUCACCACUGUCAUGGGCUCACGUGGGCUUGGCCUGCUCAGGCUCGAGGAAGCCUUUAGAGGGUCUGGAAAUUUAGUCAUCAAAGGACAGGAGGACGUGAAGGUGGAGGCUAUCUGUCCUGAAUGGUGGCCAACUGAGUGGUGUUUGGAGCAUCAGCCACAACAAGCUGCUGGCUAGGAUCUUUUUCGGAACUAGGAUGUUCAACUAUAAAUUCCGAGCUCUGAUGGUAUAUUGGUAUGGUUCCAUUCAACUAAUUGCAACACAACUCGAUAACUGCAAAAAUACAAAAUAAUACUCCGUAUCACAUUAAUUGUCUCGGAAUAAUUUAACUUUGAAUGAAAUGGCGGAUAUUAAAUAUUAGAAGGUAAUGGCGAAUAUGGGUCUGCAUACAAACUACGAUAUAAAAUAUACUCAUGCAUCCUUGUCUAGCUUUUUUCAGAAUUAUAGCUUUACCUCAAGUAAAAAGAUGAGUUUGAAUAUGUAAUGAGCUUCUAAGAACUCGUCUUGCAUUUUUGUGAAGCAAUUUGAGUCGUGUAAUAUUAAAGUACUAAUGUAUGUGAUCAAAUGCAAGGAGUCGAGCUUCUACCGAUGUAUUCACUUGGAACUUGAAGUUGAACUUGACUGGAUCUUGUUCUCUAGGUUAA